AUGGCCCGCUGCCACCCCUACGAGCUUGAGGAUCUCUGCAUCGACGCCAAGGCGCCGCAGGCCGAGAUCAACGCCCUCAUCGCCAAGAUGGGCGCCGUCGUCCUCAAGGGUCUUCUCAGCAAGGAGGAGGUCGACCAGAUGAACAAGGACUUCAAGCCGCACCUGGACGCUCUCGGUCCGUCCGGCAACAAGGAGCAGUGGGACGGGUCGUUCUUCCCCAACACCUCCAAGAAGGUGCCCGGCCUCCUCGCCAAGUCGGACCAGUACGUGCACUCCAUGCUCCUCAACCCCCCUCAACUCAACGUUACCGCCCUCCUCGAGGUCAACCCCGGUGGCAAGGCGCAGGAGCUGCACCGCGACGACGCAAUUUACCAUGACAGGAUCAAGGGCUCGGACGUGUGGGACCCGCGCCAGGAGAAGAGCAUCCUCGCUCUCGCUGCCCUCACAAAGGUCACUCCCGAGAACGGUGGCACCCUCAUCGUUCCCGGCUCCCACAUCCGCUCUGACGACCUGCCCGCCCCAACAUACGAGGACGCAAUCCACGUCGCGGCCGAGCCCGGAGACUGUGUCGUCAUCCUCUGCUCGGUGUACCACGGCGGUGGCGCAAACUCGAUGGAGGUCGGCGCGCCCAACUCGGUCCGCUGCAUGGCGCUCUGCGGCUUCUCGUGCGGAUACCUCAAGCAGGAGGAGAACCAGUACCUCCAGCUUCCGAUUGAGGCAGUCAAGCGGCUCCCAAUCGAGGCCCAGCGCCUCGCGGGCUGGGACAUGUCGCUGCCAUAUCUCGGCUACGUCAACUGGGAACACCCACUGCUCACCCUCGGACACGACCGCUCUAUUGUGCCCCAGCUCGACGACCUGUUCUACGACAAAGUCCAGGAUGCGCCGCAGCCUUCAGCUGUUUCGGCAUAG